AUGCCUUUCGCUGGUCUACCGCGCGGUCAGGGUUUUCAACCGUCGACAAUCCGAUUACCCAUCGUGUUUCAAUUUGCUACAAACGCGGCGGUGUCGCGACACGGCCAGCGACUGUUGAUUGGAUUCGGCCGCCACGUGUGCCUCUGCGUGUGCAAGAGAGCGUCGCAGGGCUGCCAAGCCCUCGAGUCUGGGCAAGCCAUCAGACGUAGACCAGUU